AUGGUUGCAUGGGGGCUCGUCAUGACUUUGACUGGAAUUGUGCAGAAUUAUUCUGGUUUGUUAGCUGCUCGGUUUUUUCUUGGAGUGACAGAAGCGGGACUUUUCCCUGGUCUGGCUUUUUACGUUUCCCUAUGGUAUCCUCGGAAGAACUCGCAGUUCAGACUAGCACUCAUCUUCGCAUCUGCUUCUAUGGCCGGUGCAUUUUCCGGUCUAUUGGCCUAUCUCAUCAGUAAGAUGGAUGGUGUUGGUGGACUAGAAGGCUGGCGAUGGAUUUUCAUCCUGGAAGGCCUGUUGACCGUGGUUGUUGCGGUCUUUUCUUUCUUCCUUGUUUGGGAUGAACCUGCAACUGCGACUUUCCUCUCGGAGCAUGAGAAGAGGGUCUUGCUGGAUGCUUUGAACUAUACCCAGACUGAGACGUCGACAGCACCUCAGCUUGGAAAUAAGCACUCAUUCAAAUGGAAACAUUUUGUAGAUGCGCUUCUCGAUUGGCAGACAUGGUUCCAUUGCCUCGGGUACUGGGGAAUGGCCUGCUCUGUAUAUGCACUAUCCCUAUUCCUACCAACAAUCAUCAAAGGUCUCGGCUACUCAGCUGCCCUGGCCCAACUCCUAACAAUCCCCGUCUACGCAGCAGCGACAGUAUCCUGCAUCCUAGUCGGCUACUACUCCGACAGAACCGGUCAAAGAAGCUUCUUCACAUUCGCCUGCUACACCGCUGUCUUCGUGGGAUUCCUUAUCGCCGUCGCUCCAGCACGCUUUAUUCCCGGUCUGACAUAUGCGGGCUGUUUCAUUGCCGCGUGUGGCAUGUACCCGGCUAUCCCCGGUCUUCUGACCUUGUCCUCGAAUAAUUGGGCACCGGAUACUAAGCGUGCUGAACAUCUCAACGCUCUCAAAUAUCUCGUUCUCGAGUUGAUCGCUUUGCAUCGUCUUUCUCUUUGCGUUCGUGAAGUUUUCUACUCAUCUGCCCCACGUCAUACAUCUGCUACCCCACACCGCCCCUCCUACUCCACCGGAGCUCUCUUGAUCGCCAAGUCUUUGCACUCACCAACUUUCAAGUCCACCGUCAUGUUCGCAACCAAGCGCCUGGGCAAGGAGCUCAUGAAGAUGAAGGACCAUGUCCCGCCAGGAAUCGAGAUUGUCAAGAGUGACACUCUUGAGGAAUGGCAGAUGGACAUUAAGGUCCUCGAUGACAACCCUCUCUACUUCAACCAGACGUACCGACUGAAAUUCACUUUCAGCAACAAGUACCCCAUCGAACCCCCAGAGGUCCAGUUCAUUCAAUGUGACGCUUCUACCGGCCACCCCCGCACGAUUCCCAUGCAUCCCCACAUCUACAGCAACGGAAUCAUUUGCCUCGAUCUCCUCGGAACGGCCGGCUGGUCGCCAGUUCAGACUGUCGAAAGUGUCUGCAUGAGCCUCCAGAGCAUGCUGACUGCGAAUAACCGUGACGAGAGGCCACCCGGCGACCAGGAAUUCAUCACUCACAACCGCCGCCGUAUCCGCGACAUCAACUUCGUCUAUGAGGACGACAACGUAUGA